AUGGAGACGCGUGCACACAGCACGCGGCCAGAAGCCUCACAUGCGACGCAGGCCAAGCACAAGACGGGUGAACGCCACGCACCUCGCGGUUGUUCCAAGACCGAAGCGGCCAUUGAGGCUGCGAAGGGCUUCUGCUGGCGAGGAACGUACGGCCACUGGAAGACUGCAGCCCGUGCAGAUCCAUUGAAGUCGCUGCCUGCCGCACCGACCUGCAGCAGUCCACGUGCGACGAUUGGCAGUCGAAGCACUGGCCGCCUCAACGCCAUCCGUGAGGACAGAGGUGCGGCCUUGACGAGCACCAGCGACGUUGAUGCCGGGAGAGUGGCAAUGCUCAUCAGUCGCUACGAACGGGUGACGGCCGACAACGGAUUGACCGUCGCAAGUGCACGACGCUCGUUUCCUCAGUCUCUUUGGGGUCCGUCGUCGUCCUGGAAAGCUACUGAGAAGCGAGAGCACGUUGCAGCACGUGUCAAGAAGAUGAACGCCGUCGAGUUAAAGCGUGAACAAGGGAGACAGAAGACACCUCCUCCGCCGUAUCUUCGCGUGCUGCAAGACACUCGAGCGAAGCGAACAACUCGGGAACGGGAGCUCCGUCGAGAAGCACACCAAUCCGCCACUGGAGCUUCAACUGCAACUCGGAUGUCGACUUUGACGGACGAUGGUGUCGGCAUGAGCGCUGCGUCUCGCAUGUCCCUUCGCCCGGACGUAAUGCUGGAGAAUGCGCUGGCCAUACUCCGUCGCAUGGAUCUCGACGCGAUCCCGAAAGCGAGUGCGAUCCUCGCGGGGAAGACCCUCAAGUCAGCCGAUUCGUGCGCGCGAUGCCUCAACGUCCCUGCUGCUGCGCUCAUCUACAACGUCAUUGUGCGAAUGAGCACCCGCGUCGCGGACCUGGUCACCGUGCAGAACCUGCUCGUGACGCUGAGCAACUUGGCCAAGUUUCGGCUCUCGAUGCCGCAAGUCCAGCUCAACGAUCGCCACGCGCGAGCCACUUGUGUUCGAUCCGAAGCUCGAAGCACUCUGGACAUGCAGCUCGUUGGAUUGCUUGGCGAGGUGCUGCUCGUCUUCAGUGGCGAGUUAAAACCCAACCAGGCUCCGAGUUGGCGCGUGUUCACAGCUGCCGCCUCUGCGCUGUGGGAUACCCUACUGCUGCUCCAAGCGGCAGUCCAACCAAACAUGCGCGUCGGCCCAUUUUGGAGCCAAACGACGCAGCGACUCUACUACCUGCGGCACUACUUGUCCCACAAACGGACUCAGUACGCCCAGCAGCACCACCUGCAGCAGCAGCAUGAGCAGCACCUGAUCCCGAACCGCAACAUACGCGGCACUGCAACUGCUCGAAGAAGUCGUCCACCACUCGAGCAGUACCUGACUCAGACAGAGGCCGUCCUGGACCGGAUCAUCCACUUGAUACGACGUUAA